AACUAGCAACCGAGCCGUGGAUUGAUGCAUUGUGCAUUGUCCCUCAAAAACUUGAGAACCACUGAGCUAAAUCCAUUAAAAAUGAUAAUAAACUUUUAAUUUGCUGCGAAUUGAGGCAUUAAUACCAAAAUUUUAAAAUUCUUAUUCUAAUUCUUAAUUUCUUUUUCCACUAAGGCAUGGAAUCAUUCCCAGAAGAGCUUCUCAUCAACAUAUUUUCAUACCUUAAAUCCAAGGAUAUCAUUACCAUAUCACAAACAUGCAAAAGAUUCUCAGACGUAAUAAAUUGCAGUAAACACAUCAUUAGCCUUCUUACUGCCAACUUCUCGAAAGCAACAGCAAAGUCUGAAUGGAUUGGAAGCCGAGAGUACUCAAAUGUGAUGAUUGCUGAAGGCGGGAUAGAGAAGUUUUUGGAUAUUCAAGAAAUGUUCGGUCACUUUAUCAAAAAACUUUCGAUAUUUGUCAGGGAUUUGAAAUUAUUAGAAUUAAUUGAGAUUCUUAAGCUAUGUCCAAACUUAAAGGAACUGGAAAUCACUGAAAAAUCUCCAGAUGAUGUUGAUUUCAGUACAGACCAGCUGCCAUCCUUAAACUUAAACAAAAUUAAGAUUCACGGUGGUCUUAAAAGCUUAAAAGUACUUGAAAAUUGCCAAACAAAGGAGCUUGAAGUCUGCUGGAGACCACGAGUAUAUCCAUCUGUAUGUAAACUUGCUGACUUUCUGGUGACUCAGAAGAGCUUAAAAAUAUUAAAACUAGAUUACUUUUCUGAAUAUUCUUUUGAGUUUCCUCAAAUCUUGAUUGAAAAAGUUCAAUUUAGGCUGGAAAAGUUGGCAGUUAGGAACUCAUCAGAUCUUUACAUUCUGAAAUUAAAGAAUUUUAUAGAUUUGCAUGUAGAUUCGCUAGAAUUUCUAGAACUAGAUUCCUAUGGACACCGAGAAUCUCAUCUUUUGCAGCCAUUUGUUAAACUUAACUCGCUUAAAUUCAAGGCAGAAUAUUUUAAAAUUCACGGACCAGUGUCCCCAACAGACAUGAUCUUCUCAAUCCUUUCUGGUGCCAAUCAAUUCCCAGAUCCAUUUUAUUUCAACGUUUUGCCGCUGCCACAAAUUAAAAUUCUCAAAAUUGUAAAUUUGGAAACAGAUUUUGUGCAUUAUUCUGAAUAUUUUCCAAAUCUUGAAAAGUUUUGCAUUUAUGGACGCGAAAAUUAAUGUUUUUUUAAAAAAUUUUUAAUAAAAUAAAAAAUUUAAAUUGGCA